AUGGCUGAUCAAAAUAUCAGUGUGGUGACUGAGUUUGUCCUCCUGGGCCUGACUCAAAAUGCUGAGCUGAAUGUAGUCCUCUUUGUGCUGUUUCUCUUGAUCUACAUCAUCACUGUGGCAAGCAACCUGGGGGUAAUCACAAUGACUCUGGCUACCUCCCAGCUUCAUUCAACUAAGUACUUUUUCCUCAGCCACUUGGCUUUCUUGGAUUUCUGUUAUUCCUCAGUCUUUAUUCCUAAAAUGCUGAUGAACUACUUGACAGGACAGAAAGUCAUCUCCCACCAUGGUUGCCUCCUGCAGUACUCCUUUGUCAGCCUGUUCCUGACUACAGAGUGCUUCCUCUUGGCUGCAAUGGCCUAUGAUAGAUACCUUGCCAUCUGCCAGCCACUGCAUUAUAAGAGUGUCAUGACCCCCACUGUCUGUGUCUACCUGGUGGCUGCUUGUUACCUCCUGGGUUGUGCCAGCUCACUCACCCAUCUGAGCAGCCUGCUCAGCUUGUCUUUCUGUGGGCCAAAUGUCAUCAACCAUUAUUUCUGUGAUAUUCCACUGCUCUUCCAGCUUUCCUGCUCUGACACCCAUGGCAGUGAGGUUUUAUUCAUUGCUCUCUCUGGGGCAACAUCGGUGAGCACCUUUCUGAUAGUAAGUGGUUCCUACCUUGGAAUUCUCAUCAGUGUCCUGAAAAUGCACUCCAAGAGAGGAAGAUACAGAGCCUUGUCCACAUGUGCCUCCCACCUAACAGUGGUGACACUCUUCUACGGAACAGUGAUAUUUACUUAUCUGGGAACCAGUUCGAGCUAUCCACAGGAUAGAGUUAAAGUCCUGUCUGUGUUUUACACCCUAUUGCUGCCAAUACUCAACCUUUUAAUAUACAGCAUUAGAAACCAAGAUGCCAAAGAAGCCAUGAAAAGAAUAAUCAAGAGGAAAAUAUUUGCUCAAUGA